AUGGCUCAACCGCCUCGCCAUGUCACAAUUUCACCUAUGCUCUUGCCCGUGCCAGGCAACGCAUUUUCACGGAGUCGUAGAGCUAUAUCAAGGGGAAAACCCCGAUUUGGGGAGCGAGCCAUCGAAGGAGUUGGUUCCAACGUGGUCGAAUUCGAACCCGGGGAUCGCGUCGCCGCAUUCCACGAGAUCAUGAGUCCCUACGGCUCGUAUACCAAGUACCCUAUUGCUUGGCAGCAGGGCGCUGCUACCCCGUUGGCUUCUAUGACAUCCGCGGCCGGCUUUUACGCUUGUCUCGGCCUCCCACGACCACGGACUCCGGCGACGGAAACCACGCCCCUCAUCAUCUACGGCGUGGGAUCGGCUGUGGGAACUUACGUCGUCCAGCUAGCUCGGCGUCGCAAUAUUCACCCUUUGGUAUGCUUCGCCGGUAAAUCGCGAUCACACGCCGAGACGUUGAUCGACACCAUCAAAGGAGACGUCGCCGAGAGGCACAGGUUGCCCCACGCAUUCGAUGUUGAGUUGGAACACAACAGUUACGUCAAUCCGAGCAAGGUUCACGCUGAGGACUUGAGGAUAACCCUGGUGUUGCCGUCCAAAGACUACGCGUUCUCAGCUGACACCGCGCGGUCGCUGACGCUUGUGGGCUUCGUGCGUUCAAAUGCUAAAGAUUUCGGCUUCGUCUACUUCUGGUACAUCGCCCUUGUGCCAGGAGGACUCCGGUGCAUCCAAGAGGCCUUGGAGAACUUGAAGGUUGGCAAAGCUAGUGCUAUAAAAUACGUAUUCGGAAUUGCUUACACUCAGCGAACCUAG